AUGUCCUCGACACCAAUCAUCGAACUCCGCGACGUCGAACUGCAGUACUUCCCGAUUUGCAGUCGUGGAGAACCGAUCCGUCUUCUGCUUGAGGACGCAGGGGUCGCUUACGUCGAGACCAACAAUGUUGAAUCUUUCAAGGCGCAGAAGUGGGACCUCGAUGAGUACAGGUUUAACCAAAUGCCCAGGCUCAAGGUGAACGGGUUUAAUCUGGCUCAACUAGACGCGAUAUUGCGCUACAUCGCCAAGGCAAGGGGCUACGGCGGUAAUGGAAACCUCGAAGACGACGCCAUAGUCGACAUGCUCGAAGCUGCUUGCGAGGACCUCCACGUUGCAUACCAACGGAACGUUUAUAAUCCUGAUGCAGAAAAUUUGUUGCCUUCGUUCGCUUUGCAAGACGUACCGAGGGCCCUGAAGCAACUCGAGCACCUACUCCAACAGAGUAAGAGUGCGAAUGGCUAUUUCGUAUACGAGCAUCCAUCCUUCGCCGAGUUCCAACUGUAUUACCUCUGUUACUGCCUCUCGCAUCUCAACCCGGACCUUCUCGCCGGCUACCCCGGUCUUGCCGCGUGGAGAGAGACGAUGAGCGCGAGACCUGGCAUCAAAGCAUACGAGACGAGCGGACGAAGGAAGAAGAUGUUGAACGCGUCCCCAAAUGGUCAGAAGCGUGUCGUCUGA